AUGCCCGCCAACCCCCAUGGCGCUGUUGUUGGGGCGCAACGAUUCAAGUGUUCAGUUGUCGCUGUCUGUGACGAUGCAAGGACAACAGGCGCUAUCAAUUCCCUCGAUGUGGGCCAGUCAUUCGAAUUUCACGCAAUAUACACACCACCAGGUGCGGUUCUAUUCAGGCUGAGCAUCGCCCUCAACGACAAGACAACCCUCUACCUGCAGCUCCCGCCCGACCACAUCUCGUCACUUAGAAAGACUACUUGCCACAAAAGCGGCACCACGCGCCCAUCGUGCUUUGACCAGUUCGACUUGCUACGUGGCGACGGUCUUGUCACGCCGGCUGGGUUCAUUCUCGACGGCUAUGACAUCUUGUCGCGACAAAAGUUCCUAUCAAUUGCCGCUUUGGCCACCGCCUCGACAUUGUCCCUAUACAUGCCACGCAAUAUUAUGACAAAUAAGAUAUAUCAGGGCUUUUACCAGUCCUAUCAGUGUUAUCAGUCCAACAAAGCAAACUGGGAUGAAUCAGUCGCGCGAGCGUCAGAUCUUCGAAAGUUUUAUAACGGCAGAGGCGGUGCACUUUGCAGUUCUGAAAGGUGUUCGAGUUUGGUACUCGAGGCAGCCGCUGCUACAGUUGCCGCUAGCUCUCCACCAGACUACCGCUCACUGCCAAAGUGCGAUGAUAUCGAGGGGCAGGGGUCUUUGUUACCAGCAUCCCAACAAUCGACGGUGUCCGAGUCGGAUGAUACCGUCGCUGUCGCCACUCCGCCAGGAUACGAUGACGAUAAACCACCGGCUUACGCUGGCCGUGCCAAGAAGCGUAAUAUCAGCAGUGAUGAUGAUGAUGACACGGCCAGUCAGCUCCGACAUGACAAUGCCAGAAAACCGAAGUUACGGGUAUCCAGGGCAUCGUCGCAGUCCCACGACCCAUCCACAGAUUUUGUCUGUAGACUAAAAGCCCUAGAGACUCGAAUGAGAAGCCAAGAAGAAGAACUGAAACAAGUUCGCGCAAACCUAGCGGCGCUUCAGAGUCAAAAUAACGAUCUACAAGAACGUCUUGAUAUUGCCGAGAGUGACCAAGAGAAAACAGUAGAGACAGUUGAGCUUACAGGCAUCCAUACUCGUGAAUUAGAGCAGGAUCAUGAGAUACUCAAAGGGCAGGUGUCCGACAUUCGUCAGGAGUUUGAGGACUACCAGGUCACGGCAGGUGAUGACGUAGAGCGCUGGGUUGAUGAGAAUUUGGGUGAUUCACUGGACAAGUACAUUGAGCGAUAUAUUCAGCAGUACAUGGAAAAAAAGGCGGUGGACUUCGUGGCUGGUUUCAAACGAAAACUCCGCAGUCUUCUUGAUGACUAG